GGGCGGCGGCGGCAGCGGCGGCUGCGGCGGCUGCGGCAGCGGGCGGCGGGCGGCGAGCACCCGGCCUCCUGCUUCUCGCUCCGAGGCUGCGGGACGGACGCUCCCGGGAACUCCCUCGCCCGCGGCCGGCCGCGUUCGGACGGCGCUCGCCGGCGGCCGGGCGGUCUCAGCAUGUCGGCCGCUGUGGCGUGCCUGGACUACUUCGCCGCCGAGUGCCUGGUGUCCAUGUCCGCGGGCGCCGUGGUUCACCGCCGCCCGCCGGACCCCGAGGGCGCGGGCGGAGCCGCAGGCUCGGAGGUGGGUGCGGCGCCGCCGGAGUCCGCUCUGCCGGGUCCGGGGCCACCGGGGCCCGCGUCGGUCCCCCCGCUCCCGCAGGUCCCCGCCCCCAGCCCCGGCGCGGGCGGCGCCGCGCCCCACCUGCUGGCUGCAAGCGUCUGGGCGGACUUGCGCGGCAGCUCUGGCGAGGGCUCCUGGGAGAACUCGGGGGAAGCUCCACGCGCCUCGUCCAGCUUCUCCGACCCGAUCCCGUGCUCCGUCCAGACCCCGUGCUCCGAGCUGGCUCCCGCCUCCGGCGCCGCGGCGGUCUGCGCUCCCGAGAGCUCCUCCGAUGCGCCCGCCGUCCCGAGCGCGCCUGCCGCCCCGGGCGCACGAGCAGCCUCUGGUGGGGUCUCUGGAGGGGCCCUAGGGGCCGGCCCCGCCCCCGCCGCGGAUCAGGUGCCCCGUAGGAGGCCUGUCACACCUGCUGCCAAGCGCCACCAAUGCUCCUUCCCGGGCUGCACCAAAGCCUAUUACAAGUCGUCGCACCUCAAGUCCCACCAGCGCACCCACACGGGUGAGCGCCCUUUCUCCUGCGACUGGCUCGACUGCGACAAGAAGUUUACGCGUUCCGACGAGCUGGCCCGCCACUACAGGACGCACACGGGCGAGAAGCGCUUCUCCUGCCCCCUCUGCCCCAAGCAGUUCUCCCGGAGCGACCACCUGACCAAGCAUGCUCGCCGCCACCCAACCUAUCAUCCAGAUAUGAUCGAGUACCGGGGACGUCGUCGAACUCCCCGCAUCGACCCGCCACUCACCAGCGAGGUGGAAAGCUCCGCCUCCGGCUCCGGUCCCGGCCCGGCGCCCAGCUUCACUACCUGCCUGUAGGACAGUCAUUGCUGUCAGUCUUACCCUCAAGGAUGAUCCCCCAAGCCGUUGUCCCUGCUUUCUCUCUGCCCAUCCCUCUUUCCCAGAGUCAUUACACCAAGGCACAGACUGGUUCCUCUGCUCUGAGGGUGGGUCCAGGCAGACAUGUGGACUCUGGGGAGGUACUGGGGGCCGGAAAAUAGCGGGAAUUCUUGCAACGCGUAUAUCAUCCUAAAAGUGGGGGUUGCCUCAGGACAGCCCCCAGGAACUGAUAAGAAGGGAUGAACUCCGGUACUCUCCAGAGUACUGAAGAUUCUCCCCUCCCUGGAACCAGGGAUGUGAAACUGGAAUUCUCAGAUGCCUGAGGAGCUCCCAGUCUCAAAGGACUCUGGUGUCUCACCCAUCCACCAGGGCGGACCUUGGAGAGGGUGUCAGGGGUGGCAGUCUUGGAAAUGUCCAGGACUGGGAUGGUGAGAGGCCUUUGGAAACAGAAAUGAUUUCUAUUUCUGUAAACAGCAAUGUUUACUAAUUUAUUUUUACCAUCUUUUAAAUAGGGAUCCCAGGUUGAUGGAAGGCUAAUGCCCUCCACUCCCCCAAUUGCCCCAGCUACCUCUGCUAGGAGAGGCCACAUAAGCUCCAUGUAGAUGUGUGGCUGGGAGAUGCUUCUUGAUGUCUGGGGUGUGAGUCUGUUUGCAGGUCCUAUUGCAUGAUUUGGAACCCCGCGCUUGCGUCGUAGCCCUUCUCCCUAUUUGGAUUCCUACUUGAGGAUGGUAACUUCCUGGCUCCCUCUCACGCUGAGAUUGGUUAAACAAUUUGAAAACAACCGUAAAGGCACCAGAAAGAAAGGGGUGGUCCAGACUAGUUCCCCCUUCACUCAGAGAGAAAACUCAAGCGACCUUAAGGUUGGGCGGGGCCCGAAACAAGACCGUUCAUAACCAUUGAUAACUUUCAGGGAAAUAGAGGCGUGUGGACACAGCUGCCCCACCUUAUGUAAUCUCAGGAGUGGUAGAUUCUGUUAAUUUCCUAGUGGCUAACUAGGGGGUUAUUUCCCUCAGAGUCUGCAGAUUUUCGUUUCUGAAACAGGUGAGUUGGUGGAUGGGAGAGGGAAGGGUAACAGACUGGUUUCUUCCAAGGAGCUGGCUGCCUUGGAUUUGAGGAAAGAGUAGCAAGGUGAUAGCUGUUAUCAAAUAGGAGGAACUUUCUCCUCUGACCAUAUAAGUCCCUCCAAGUUAUAUCCUCAGGGCCCCUCUCCCAAUAAGAAGGAAUCAAACAUCAACAGUAUUUGUUUUUUCUAUAUGUGUCUCUGCUGCUGUGGAUGAAAUCAUUGACCACUCUGCUUGUGUAUGUAUGAAUGUGUAUAUAUGUGACCCUUUCUUUAGAGAUGAGGCUGAAAGGCAUUUCCUGCCCUGGGAGAUCCCCUCUGGCCCCCUCUGAAUAUUUUGCAAUAGUCUAUCACUGACAUUUGGGGAAGAUGCUGUAAUCUCAUAGGACCCUAACGGGCAUCUGGUUAAACAAACUGCUUUCCCCUAUUUUGCAGAUGAGGAUACUGAAGACUAGAUAAGCUCAAAGUCAUAUGCUGGGUUGCUGGGAAGAGCCAUGACUAGAACUUAGGUGUCUGGCCUGCUAAGUGACUCUUUCCCUCACACUUGAUUACCCCAUCUCUUCCUCCUCUCUGGGACCUUAGUCCCUCCCUCGCUCCCUAUUCUGUAUGGCUUCUAUGUACCUUCACAUGUUGAUUGAAUUUGCCUAUUGUGUUUGACCCAAAAGCCCUUUUCUUAACUGGUUACGUUCCCUCCUUUCACACCAUGUGGACAUAAAGUGAGAAUGACUUUUUGGCAUCCUAGGAGAGACUUUCUCUUUGGACCUGCUAGGUUAAUUUUCAGUGUGAAUUCCCUUCUUUUUCUGGUCCUGGGCAUUCCGGCAUCCUCAAGAGAGUGAAUGAUACAAACAUGGCAUUGGGACUAUACUAAGUGCUCCUACACCAAGUGAGGGAGGAGUCCUUAGAAAGGACCCAAAGAGUAUGGCCUAUGACCGUGAAAAGGUUCAGUAUUUCCUAAUGAAGGCUAAGCAGGGAAGCUGGGGCUGUUGAGUUACAUGUGGGAGGAGAAGGCCCCCACUGUGACAGUGAUUUUUGGUAGUGGAAGGAGUCCUCUCUUUGCUCUGUUUGUCUCUUCAGCUAGGGCUGGAUAGCUAGGGCACUGUGGGUCCUAUUGAAGACUACUGUUUCCUCUUUGUCCUUUUCAGUUGAAGAUCUGCCAUUGGGUAAGUGGACCAAAGAAGCUAACAGGAAUUUCCGCUAACCAUUCUGAAAUUGGUUUCAAGAAAGCUUGGCUUUUCCAAUCACCUGUUGAUAAAUAACUUUUGAUUCUCAAGCUCCCAAA